ACAGAACAUCUAAGGAUGAACAUUGCCGAUACCCACUGCAAGCAUAUUCUCUUUGGCUGUGAGGACGGUGAGAUCUAUGCACCCAUACUAAGAAGACUCCCGGAGACCCUUGGGAACCAGCGUCGCAUUACCUUGCUCCAUGGUACGCAGCCCGACAGAUGGCUUGCAGCGCUCGGUCUUGCUUGUACUCAGAUGCAGGACAUCUUUCGUAACACAAAAGUGGACACUCACAUGGUAGUCGGCCAUGUCCCCCAGGCAGAUUCUUUGCCAGCUCUUGCCAGAGGAGGUGUUUCACCUCCAUCGUCAUCGCCCACGACAUCGCGAUCUGGUUCACGCACGGCAAGCGGUAACUCACGCCCAGGCGUCCGGCAAAUCCAUAGUCGUCAGAUCUCGGAUAGCUCAGAUCAAUCAACCGAUGUGUUAGCAGUUCCGGGCACACCAAAGAUAGGCUCAUGGGCCAUGGCGGCAAAGAAGGGAGCGGCAGUCAAAGUGCCACCCAAAGACACGAUCAAAGAGAAAGAGCAAUUUCCGACCGACUACGUACCUCGUAACAAGGCAGGUCAACGAAUCGAUCCACCUACGCCGGAGUUUAAAAAGGACGAAGUCAACCGUCUGAAGAAGCUGAAGCUGUGCAACGCAUUCCAUCUCCGUCAUGGUUGUCCAUACCCCAAGGGCAAAUGUGAACACGAUCAUACAUACAAGUGUAACCCAAAGGAAGUCGAGACUUUGAAGCUUGUUGCACGUAUGUCGGCGUGUAUCCACGGUAGUGAGUGCUCAGAUGUUAGUUGCAUCUAUGGACACCGCUGCCCAUUUCCCGAGAGCAGAGAGGGCAGUAUGAGAGGAAGAGCUUGUAUCAACGGCGAGAAUUGCAGAUUCCCGGCAGAAAUGCACAACAUGGACUUGACUAUCGUCCGUCGUCUGAAGAUUACUUGAGAAACAGCGUGGGACCGGUUGAGCAACGGUAUCGACUGAACAGUGAAGGACCAGCUGUAUUGAUAGGGAAGACGUCAGAUAGCACAGAAUCAACACA